AUGAGUACCAACGAAGCCCCAUUAGAUCCUCUUGCUCCAAAGGAUAAAGGAGAAGGCUCCCGUGUGAGUGGAAAGGAGUGGAAGGUCAAGAAGGGUGCAUUCCGUGUUAAAACAUUUAGUGUCAAGAAGUCACCUUUCCAGCAAAGAGAAGAAAAGAGGCUCCAGGAAGAACAGUUCAAACAGAGACUCAAGGACCUCCAGGACGAAAAGGAGAGCAUCAAACAGUCCAGAAUCGCCGACUUGAAGAGAAGAAGAGAGAUCAAGGAAGAAAAGGAGAGACACGAGAGAAUCGCUGCUAAGAUGAGUGCUAAGAAGGCGGAGAGAUUGAGAAAGAAGGAGAAGAGAAACAAAUUGUUGAAGGAGCGUUAA